CUGCCGCUUGGGCGCUCCUCGCCGCGGCCCCCCCCCCCACGUUUGGCUCGCGGUUGCGCCAAACCGGAAAGCCCCCCUCCAGAUGCUGGUCUCGCUCGCCGCCCUGCUGUCGCUCAGUCUCUCGCCGCGGGCCGCGGCGCCGCUCCGCGCCGCCGGCCUCGCUCCGCGCACGGCCGGCUCGCCCGCCAUGCAGGGCGCAGCGGCGGUCGGUGAGCGGCCGUGCGUCAUCACAUGCUCCAACUGCAAGGCGUCGUACAGUGUCGAGGAGGACGCGCUGGGCCCCGGCGCGGGCAAGCGGGUCCGCUGCUCCAACUGCGACCACGAGUGGUUUCAGUCGGUCGCACGGCUCGCGCGGCUGCCCGAGGACAUGGAGCUGGUCGAGUACCCGCAAGAGAUGAAGGACCGGAUGGCGGCGGGGAAGCCGGCGGAGGCGCGCGCGGCGUUCCGCGCGUACGUGGGCAACCUGCCCUUCGGCGUCGUCGAGGAGGAGCUCGCCGACCUCUUCGGAGAGUACGGCAACGUGGUGCACGUCAACGUGAUGACGGAUGAGGACGGGCGCUCGCGCGGCUUCGCCUUCGUCAACAUGGAGAUCGCGGAGGAGGGGGCGGCGGCGGUGGAGGCGCUCAACGGUCACAUGCUGCAGGGCCGCGCCAUCAACGUCUCGGAGGGGAGGCAGCAGGAGGGAGGGCGAGGGCGCGGAGGGCGAGGCGGAGGGCGCGGCGGAGGGCGCGGCGGAGGGCGCGGCGGCGGGCGGGGCAGGGGGGCGUGACGGGGUGGGGUGGGAUGGACCGCGGGGCGGUGGGGCAGCUGGAUCUCAGCAUGUGUUGCGAGACCGAGAGCGGGGCAGCACUUCCCCAAAGACUCGCGCGCCUGGACCUGACGCGCUCGUGUUUGAGUCGUUCACGUUAUAAGGAGAACGGACUCCUACU